AUGUUCGGUAACCGCAGCAAAUGUGCUUUCAAUGAACACCUCCAUGCAGCCAUAGGCCUUCUAGCAGAACACAAUGGUCUGAAAGAAUACCUCUGCCCAAAUCAUGACCAUACUGGCCCAGCAAUUAUUCCAUCGGGAGGGUUCAAUGUCAGUUCUGAAACGAUCAAAAUAGGUUUUUCUAUGAACGUACGUCUGUAUUCAGCCAUGAGACGCCUCAGCGCUGACCCGGCCAUUUUUAGGGUUGUAUUAACUACCGGUUGUCCAAAAGUUCUGAUAUAUAAAAUUUACUGCAAGCACACACAAUACAUGGCAACUAUGAAUGAACUGAUAGCAACUGAUAGAUAA